UCCGACACGAGGGGCACCGUAAGAGUAAGUGCGCGUUUGGUCCAACAUCGGCGACGCCGGGAAGAGCUGGAGAAGCGAGACGGCGGCGAGAGUGGCCAGUGCACCGCCCAUUGAGUGUCCAACAGUCACGAGCCGGUAGCCGGAGUGUACCAUGCGCUGGGCAGUUAGAGUGGCGGUGAUUUGCGUCGCGACCGAGUCCCAUCUAUACGCUCGUUCCGACAAUGACCACAGGACACGCAAGGUAGGAAGCGUACGCAGCCAAGAAUCCAGCAUGAACGCGGGCUUUGGCUGGCAGUUGGACACCAGGAGUCAAGAACGGCACCAGCAAGAUAUUCAUGUCGAGCAAUGCGUCCGUAACAGAUGCACUGGCCCCACUGGGUCUCUGUACAGUAAACGUUCAUCCGCCGACCCACCUUCCUCUCAAUGCGACAACAAACUCCUUGCGCUCGUCAUCGCGUGCGAUGAACCCUUGGAUGUCGGUAAUAAAGUUGCCAAACUGACGACAGGGUCGGUCCAUCACGGUAUAGAUGUUGACGGAAAGCAUACUUCCAGAACGAGGUUCUGUCCAUUUGGCCGGGGACACACCGGGAUGUAUGCCGAGCACGCGUACUUGAAAUAAUGGACGAGAUCGUUGAAGAUCGCUGCAGACGUGAUCGUCGUAAACCAGAGCCAGUGAUGCCGAACCCGGAUGCUCGCCUUCUGAUACCGGACACGGUGCAUCACAUUCCAAGGACAUGGCAGAUGUGGGAGAGCUCGUCGAGGAAGCCAUUCGAGGUGAAGUAGUAAGCACGUCUGAGCCGAUGCAAGCACCUGUUGUGAUGAUCAGAUGA